AUGCUGGCGCGCCGCAACUGGCUGCUGCGGCUGUCUGUCAUCCUCAACGUGGUCAUCCUGCUCUACUUCGGCUCGCACUUUGCCACCAAGAAUGGAGCCGUCGUCCUCAUUGAGGAGCUGCAGGCGUCCGGCCGCAACUUGGCGUCCAUCGACAUGCCUGCGCCGCCCCAGACGGACGGCCCCCAGGCCAACGACAUCCUCCCCCCGGCGCCGCCACCGCAGCAGCCGCAGCAGCAGCAGCAGCAGCAGCUGCAGCAGGCCACGGUAGCGGACGGCGCGCCGGCCGUGGUGGUGGCGGGCGGCAGCAACCCCGACGAGGGCAUGCCGCCGCCCGCGCUGCUGCCGCAGGCCGCCGCGCCCGCCGCCGACCCGGCCGUGACGCCGGCCAAGGCGACCAGCACGACGCAGCAGCAGGCGCAGCAGAGCGAGCCCACGGAGAAGACGCUGCAGGACGUGAUCGCCUGCCACGACCGCAGCAUCGAGCCGCGGACGGCGCAGCGCGGCGACUACUGGGUGCUGUACAACUACGUGCAGGCCUCCGAGUCGUACCACUGCUGGGAGAGCGUCACGUACACGACGCACGCCGACUACACGUUCCUGGACAACCUGUCGCCCAUGCUGGAGCGCUGGCGCGGGCCCGUCUCGCUGGCCAUGUACGCGCCCGGGACCGACUUCGCGCCCACGCUGGAGGCCAUCCGCUACGCGCGCGACUGCGGCUCGCCGCUCGUCGCCAAGCUCGUCACCUUCCACGUGUUCUUCGGCGCGCGCCACGUGCCGCGCGUCGUGCCCCGGCCCGACAAGGCCACGCUGCCGGCCGCCAACUGCUCGCGGCCCGCGCCCUGGACCAACGUCACGGCCUCGGCGCUGUACAAGGCGCAGAAGGGCCUGCUGUACCCCGUCAACGUGGGCCGCAACAUCGCGCGCGAGGCCGCCGCCACGCACUACCUCCUGGCCUCGGACAUCGAGCUGUACCCGUCGCCGGGCGUCAUCCCGGACUUCCUCGAGAUGAUCCGGCGGCAGGACAAGCCCCUCGCCAGGCCCAACCCCAAGGUGUUCCCGCUGCCCAUCUUCGAGCUGGAGGCGGGCGCGGUGCUGCCGCCCAACAAGAAGGACUUGGGUUAUGCACUGUGUGUACUCAACUAUGAUUUCCAAAUUCUUGACAACGCCUUUUUGGUGCACAAACCUGGUAUAAAAACUUUGAAAAAGGAUCCUCAAAGAGCCAUGCUAGCAGGAAAAACUAAUGUUCUAAUCAGGAGAGUUAUCUUUCCCGAGCUCAAAGUUCUGUAUGGAACCCGCAAAGGCUGUGCUGUCUAAAACUACAAGUUAUCCCUAGACUUGCUGGUUUUAAAACUUUAAGAGGCAUUAGAGGAUAUGUAUUACAUACUUUCCUUGUAAGCAUUUACAAGACUUUAUUGCAUUCAAAGUUGUUUUGCUGUAGAUAUUGUUGCUGUGUAAAGUGCUUUAGUGCUAUCUAUUUAUUUAUUGAUUUGAAGGAUGCAUAUUGAUAUUUCAUCAACAGCACUCUGCCUACAAAAAAUAAUGUGCUGUGAGACAUUUGAUGUAAAUUUGAAGACAACUUUGAACAUCUUUUUGGUGCAUCUUUAGCUUCUACGUAAUCUAGUGAAUAAUGUGGAAGUGGAAGAAAUUCCAGUGUUGUGAUAUUCCUAGGAUGUGUGUAGGAGAUGUUGUGAAGAGGGUUAAAGGAUCUCUGAACUCCACAGGGAAAUGUGUUAUUUUUGUAAUGCUUUUAAAAAAAACAACAACGGAUACUUCAGUUAUUUUUAACAUCCUUUUUAAGGGAUAAAAUCCGGAGAGGUCUGAGGAGGUACAGCCAUCCGACAUUAGCCAUUUUAGUUCCAGUCACAUUCUCUUUUCUUGCCCCUAAAAGGAUUGCAAAGAUGAAUGAUUGGCAAUUUUCUAUCUAGCAGUUUUAUGAGAAUACCUCUGCUAGCUUAGAAAAGUGGCCAAAACAGUGCCUCAAAUCCAAUUGAUUUUUACAUUUAUAGUGUUUUAGAGUAUGUUGAGAUAGUUUAAGGUAUAGUUAUAAAUUAUUACUCUUUGACUGACACGUGGUUCUGGUACCUUGAAAAUCAAAAUAUCCACCUUCCUUGAAAUUUUAUGAUAUUGUUAUUUGUGACAUUUAUACAAUUCCCUUUGCUUUUAUUUUCAGAAUUAGUAUUUUUCUCUUAUACUUAUUUGUGGAUAAUUCAAGCUUGUAUAUGAAAGUAGGUUAUGAUGAAGGUGUUGUUCAAAGUAUAAUCUUGUAGCCCAUUCCUCAAACUAAUACUUUUUUUCUUGAUUCAACUUGCGUUGCUCUUAUUCAAAUAUGUACUCAUAGUAUUUCCUUUUUCUAAACUAAAUUGCUAUUCAUGGGUUGAUACGGGACACAAAAGAUGACUGAUUUAUCUCUUACUGUAAAUUAUUGUCAAAUUAAUCUUUAAAUCUUUAUCAUUUAGUGCAUUGUAAUGAUCGUCAUGUCUUUUGUUGUUCAUUAUUUUUGAUUGUCUAUGCCAGGAGAAAUCUCAAUGUUAUCAGGCUUUUUCUCAUUAACAUAUUUACUGUGAAUUUUGUUUCUUAACAAAGAGGGAGUGUUGCUCUCCAUUCAGUGGGGCAAUAUAAAUUUUGACAGUAAAUGUGCUAGUUAUUGUGAGAGUACAAAUCCGCUCCUCUCACUAUGCUGUACAGAAAUUUUGUCACGUGAAUUAAAAAUAAUUUUAUAUCAUUAGUGAGAGUAUGCUAUAUUUUUCUUAACAUUCUCUUUCUUUGUAGUUUGAGAAUAACAUGUGCAGGGUUAUCUUUCUUUUGGUGUCUUUACAGUAUUGGUUUUAAAGGAGUCACUAUAGUAGCCUUUGCUGUAUUUUUAUAUGCUGUUAAGUGCUGUAGAAGUCUUGCUCUACUUCAUGACACUUACGAGGAGCUGAAAGAUUAUUUUCACUCUUUGGCAGGAAAUGUAUAACCCAUGUUUCCUUAAGGGCAGAUGUUACACCUGCUGUGUGAAGAAUAAUUCGAUCAUGAUUCGAGUUCCUUAGAGCUGCACAUAUGGGAUAGAGCAGUAUAGUUGAACUGUUACAUCUAGUCUGUAUAACUGUGCAGGUUUGCGGUCCAGUCUCUAGACCUAGCCUGGGCUCUUCUAUGCAAUCAACUUGUAACGUAAUGUGCCAGAACAUUCAUUGUUUUGUAUUUCUCUUCCCUUUUGCCCCAUACAUCCCAAACUAGUUUUAGUGCUGUCAUGGUGAUAUAAAACUUAUCAGUACUGUAUGUUAUAAUUCUCUGGAUCUGAUUUAGAGUGUAAUUUACUGUGAAUUUUAACAGAGACAACUUUUUAGUGUGUUUGGAAAAUAUUUGUUUUUUCAUCAGCUGGUUAAUUUUACUAAUAAUAUUCCGCUACUUUUAUCCACUGCCAUCCUUAAUCAUUUUUCAUUCCUUAACUUUUUGACAACAGUUAUGUGCCCCAGAUAAUUUUUCAAAAGCUUUCUCAUGACACUGUUCCAGGCUUCACAAAGUACCAAUGGUGUCUUGCCGGGUAAAUUGUUGUGACCAAUCUCGAUAUUCCCUUAUUACCUACGUUUGCCUGCUGUAAUAGGCUUAUAGCAACUAAUUAGUGCUCACUUUGUUUAUAUAUUAUUUGCUCAACAAGAUUUCUUUUGUAGUAUGACUAUUUUAGCUCAUCAAGCGUUUCAGUUUUAUUGUUAUAAAUAUAUCUUUUGUUCCAAGCCAGAAUCUCGAUGGGCUUCAAACCAUAGAGUAUAGUAGUUGAUCAUGAGUAAAUGCACUCAGUUUGCUGGGUUACAAUCUCUCAUCAGUUUUAUUCCUUUCAAUGUUGUGUAAAUAUGGUGGAGAUUCACCUACUUCAUACGCAAAAUAUUUUUAUGUCUUUUGAUAAAUUACUUAUUUGUUUUAACAUUGGCGUUAAAACAGUACAUCUUUCUUUCAAAAUUCAACACUGGUGCCUGAGUCCGACCAAGAGAAUGCCUGUGUGGUAUUUCACAAUCCAUAAGCAAUGGUUUUUAAAUGUGCUUCUUAGUGAGAUACAUAAUAUUUGUUUCCUUUCCCGAAGAGUAUGUUUUUGGGACUGAGAGGUUUGCUUGUGCAGCAGAGUAACCUUUCACUGUCUUCUAGAACUUAGUCUGUAACUUUUCUUUGAGUGCCAAAAUGAAGUAAGACAUUGUAACUUUGGACACUUAUUCAUUUUAAGAGUUUCUAUUCUAGUGUAAGUGAUGCCUUCCAUUUUAGUUGACCAAUGAAUAACAUGCUCAAAUGCAUCUGAUAGUGCUAUGAGUUGUGUUCAAAUAUACUUGCAAGCUUUGUGACACUCUUGGACACAGAUGUUAUUUAUAACUCAUAACACUGUGGAUGAGAAUGGAUGAGAGGUUGUUUUGAGCCACAAAGUUAAAAGGCUUUUAGAAGAAUUUUUUAUAGAUUUUGUUUUUGUUAUUAUUAUUUAAUGUUCCUAUAUAAGCUAAUAUAUGGAGCUACUUCCCAUGUUUUGCAAUUAUUGCAAAAUGUACAGCUGGUAUUUUCUGUACUCUUGUCCCUCAAUGGAAAUCCAUGUCCUUCUAUGUAGCUAGAUAAAUGAAGAAAUUAAAUUGUUAAUUUUAUGGCACUGUUAUGUUUGUUUCGUUUUUCUGUGUAUCAAAAAGCAAUAGUUUGACUGAUAGAUUGUCUUUCUUGAUAUUCUAAAACAACUUUGCCUCAGGUUCUCUAAAAAUUGUGUACGUAAAUUAUUAAAGAGGCAUUAAAAAAACAUUUCUGGCUAACUGUGGCAAGUUUUCUAGAACCGUGUUUAAUUGUGAUGCAAUUUAACUAUUUAAAAUAAAUGUAUAUUUCUUUACAAAA